AUGGGGUGUUUUCCUUCCACCCUCAAAGACCAGAAAAAUGGCCACGACAAACUGUCAGACACAAGCUCGACACACUCUGGUGGCAAGGCCGAUAGCACUACAGUUCAGGUCAAUUUCAACCAUCGACAAGAAUCUGAAGACAAGGGGCAGGCUCCCAAUCAACCUUGUGACGAUCCUCCCUCUCCACGAACGGCUUUUGCAGAACGUCUCUGGGCAUACUGGCACGAAACCGAAUGCCCUGAUAUUGCCAACUGCACUCACUCGUUCUAUGCAAUUUAUACGAACUCGCCGACUCGAUUCAAUGCGCCACGAUCUGCUGGCUCGGAUUCCUGCUACACCCUCAGGGGUAGCAAAGUAAAUUCCAAUCGGUGUUCCAGGAACCCGCAGCCAUUUGAAUUUGACGGAAGAACCAGUUCGAUUUCUGCCCGAAGAAACAGAGCCGCAGAUGUAGUUAGCACUAGGCCACCAGUAGCAGUGCUUCGUCGUACUUGGUCCGAGUCUGGAUGUCAAACUACCGCCCCUUUGCCCAAAUCGCGACCUCACACGGCCUGA